AUGAGUACUCCAUUUGGUUUAGAUCUUGGUAACCACAAUUCCGUCUUAGCUGUUGCUAGAAACAGAGGUAUUGACAUCGUUGUCAAUGAAGUCUCUAACCGUUCUACCCCAUCUUUGGUUGGUUUCGGUCCAAAAAAUAGAUACUUAGGUGAAGCUGCUAAGAACAAGCAAACUUCUAACAUUAAGAACACUGUUGACAACUUGAAGAGAAUUGUUGGUUUGGAUUACAACGAUACUGAUUUUGAAAAAUUCGAAUCUAAAUACUUCACCUCCAAACUUGUCAAAUUGGAAGAUGGUAAGAUUGGUGCUCAAGUUAGAUUAGCUGGUGAACAAGAAACUUUUUCUGCAGUUCAAUUAGCUGGUAUGUUCAUGGACAAAAUGAAGCACACUGCCAUUGAAGAUUCUAAGGCUAACAUUACUGAUGUUUGUUUAGCUGUUCCAGCCUGGUAUAACGAAGAAGAACGUUAUACCAUUGCUGACGCUGCUAGAAUUGCUGGUUUAAACCCAGUUAGAGUUGUCAACGACAUCACCGCCGCUGCUGUCUCUUACGGUAUUUUCAAAACUGAUUUCCCAGAAGGUUCUGAAAAGCCAAGAAUUGUUGCCUUUGUUGACAUUGGUCACUCUUCUUACACUUGUUCCAUUGUUGCUUUCAAGAAGGGUGAAGCUAAGGUCUUAUCCACUGCUUACAACAAGAACUUCGGUGGUAGAGAUUUCGACCGUGCCAUCACUGAACAUUUUGCUGAUGAAUUUUUGACCAAAUAUAAGAUUAACAUUAGAGAAAAUGCCAAGGCUUACAACAGAGUUUUAACUGCUGCUGAAAAAUUAAAGAAGGUCUUGUCUGCUAACACUGCUGCUCCUUUCAACAUCGAAUCUGUCAUGAACGAUGUCGAUUGUUCUUCUCAAUUAACUCGUGAAGAAUUGGAAGAAUUAGUUAAACCAUUAUUGGCUCAUGUCACUGAACCUGUUACUAAGGCAAUGGCUUUGGCUAAAUUAACUCCAGAAGAUAUUGAUUUCGUUGAAUUGAUUGGUGGUACUACUCGUAUCCCAACUUUGAAGAACUCUAUCUCUGAAGCUUUCGGUAAGCCAUUAUCUACAACUUUGAACCAAGAUGAAGCUAUUGCUAAGGGUGCUGCUUUCAUUUGUGCCAUCCACUCUCCAACUUUAAGAGUUAGACCAUUCAAAUUCGAAGAUUACCACCCAUACUCUGUCUCUUACUCUUGGGACAAACAAGUUGAAGAUGAAGAAUCUAUGGAAGUCUUCGCUGCUGGCUCUAACUUCCCAUCUACUAAGAUGAUCACUUUACACAGAACUGGUGACUUCAAAAUGUCUGCCGAUUUCACUACUCCAUCUGAAUUACCACAUGGUACCAAGGUUCACAUUGCUGAUUGGGAAAUUACCGGUGUUGAAUUACCAGAAGGUCAAACUUCUAUCCCAGUUAAAUUAAAGUUGAGAGCUGAUCCAUCCGGUUUACACACCAUCGAAGAAGCUUACACUGUUGAAGAUAUUAUCGUCAAGGAAGAAAUCCCAUUGCCAGAAGAUUCUCCAGAAGAUGCCGAACCAGAAUUCAAAGAAGUUACCAAGACUGUCAAGAAAGAUACUUUGAACAUUGUUGCUAGCACUUUCGCUUUAUCUGAUGACAAAUUAAAUGAAUUAAUUGAAAAAGAAAACGAAAUGUUUGCCCAAGAUAAAUUAGUUGCUGAAACUGAAGACCGUAAAAACGCUUUGGAAGAAUACAUUUACUCUUUACGUGGUAAAUUAGAUGAAGAAUACGCUGAAUUUGCUUCUGAUGCUGAAAAGACUAAAUUACAAGGUAUGUUAGCAAAGGCCGAAGAAUGGUUAUACGAUGACGGUUAUGAUUCCACAAAGGGUAAAUACAUUGCUAAGUACGAAGAAUUAGCUAUGUUGGGUAAUAUGAUUAGAGGUAGAUACUUAUCCAAGCAAGAAGAAAAGAAACAAGCCAUGAAAGCUAAAGACGAAGCUGCUAAGAUGGCUGCCUUCCACGAAAAAUUAGCUGCUCAAAAGGCUGAAUCUGAUGAAAAGAGUGCUUAA